CGAGCCAGGGCUCUGAUGUCACCGCGCGGCCGCGGGCGCCCAGGAGAGAGUCUCAGGCUGGAGCCUCAAGAUCCACGGAACCAGCCUGCUCCUUCUGCACAGCCAUGGAAGCCCUGGGUCCCAGGGACGACAGCGCCUCCCCAGCCUCAUCCACACCAAGCCUAGACUUACGGCGGCUGUCCACUCGCGCCGACUCGGCCUACUGUUCUUUCUCGGCCCCUGAGGCACGCACGCCGUCGCCUCGCGCGGAUCUCCACCCUUACCUCGACUGGGAAUACGUGCGCGUGGUUUGGGGCGGCCCGGCCCCAGCCCCCCCUGAUGCCGAUCCUCCCACCACGCAGCGGCCUCGGCCAGCUGUUGCUGCGUGCUGUGAGCCAUGGCCCCCAGAGGCCCAGGGAACCCCGGGGCCACUCAGCAGACAGGCAACCCCGCUGCUAUACGCUCUGGCUGCAGAGGCUGAGGCCGGGGCGCGGGCCGCCGAGCCACCCAGCCCACCAGCUUCCUGGGCGGCCUACCGCCAGCGAUUGCAGGGCGCGCAGCGGCGAGUGCUCCGGGAGACAUCCUUCCAGCGCAAGGAGCUCCGCAUGAGCCUGCCCACCCGCCUGCGACCAGCUGUCCCCGCGCGACCCCCCACUGCGCACCCGCGCUCCUCCUCGCUUAGCCACCCCGGCGGGGAGGUAGGACCCACGUGCUCCGGAGCUCCAGCGCCAGGAUCCACUGGUCCGGGGCGCCUCGCCAAUCAGCAGCGGAAAUGGUGCUUUUCAGAGCCAGGAAAGUUGGAUUGCAUGGGUCGGGGUGGUGGGCUGGCGGGGGAGUGCUUGAGCUUGGCCUGCUCCAGGUCUGGCCUCAACAGUCCUGAGCCCCGGGAGUUGCAGGCUGAGGUCAAAGGGUUGCAGUGCUGGGCGCAGGCUGAGGCCCAACCCCAAAGCACAGCGGAGCUGAACUCCGGGUCCACGAAGCUCGGCAAUGGCUGUAGGCCUGCCAGUCGGAGUCGGAGCCCUUCAGGAGAGGUCUUGGGCCCCUGGAAAGGUCCAGGAGGGGCCGUGGCCCCUGUCCAGGCUGUUUCCCAAGCAGCAGAAAACCCCAGACUGCUGUUUCAGACCAAACUUUCCAGCACGAAGACUUUCCUUCCUGGUCACUGUGGUCAGUGUGGGAUCCCUGCCUCCAGAUUCUUGACUCAGAAGGAAGCUGCACUGGUGCAUCCUGCAGAGGACCCCCAGAGCAGCCCUGCCAAGUGUGAGCAGGAGGUCUCAGAGAUCUGCAUGGAGUCUCCAUAUGCCCUCCUUCCCUCCCUUCCUGAUGAUGAAGUGUUCCUGGAAGAAACCCUGCAUGUUGGAAUGAGAUCACUUCCAGACUCCCAUGUUCCCCAGGAGUUUCCAAUCAGUGUCCAUGCCUCUGACCAGCAGUGUGGAACUGGCUUGGGCCAAAGGGCUGGCCAGGCUUCAGUCCCCCCAGAGUGCACCCUGCAUGAAUGUCCGGGGACUGCAGGGGCAGGUGACUGCUGGCAGGAGAUGAAUGGUUCUGUGGGUAUCUGCAGGCCCACAAGCUAUAUCCCCGUUGGGACUGCAAAUGGUGACAUCUCAGUCAUUGAUACCAGUGGACUGCUUACCACUGACCACCCUGCAGUUGAUGCCCUGGGACCUUCAGGCAAUGAUAAACUAGGGUCCCCUCACCAUACUUCCCUGCCCUGGGGUACUGGACAGCCUGGUUCCAAGCCAACAUGGCCAUGUCAACGUCUUGAGGAGCUGGUUCAGGAGCUGGCCAGACUGGAUCCCUCUCUAAGUGACACUCUUACCUCCCAGCCAUGCCCAGAGCCACCCCUGGGCCUGCUGGAUGGGCUGAUUCCUUUAGCAGAAGUCUGGGCUGCAAUGAAGCUAGGCUGUGGUGAAGCUGGAGAAGAGGGUCCUGGUACUUCUGAGCCAGGGUCCUAUCAAUUCAACUUUACCCAGCUCCUGCCAACUUCUCAGGAGAUGACAAGGCCUGAAAACUCUCCCUCCUGUCCUGUGCCUGACUGUCCUAGUGCCCAAACAUCAAACAACAGCAUCCAGGCUAAGAAAGUGGAGCUAGCCGGCCUUCUCCAAGAGAUGCUGCAGGACCUUCACAUCCAGGAGGAGCGGCUGCGAGGUGCUGCCCAAGAAUGGACCAGACGCAGGGUGGCUCUGGAAUCCGCAGUGGGCCAGGCCUGUGCACCCCGGGAACUGGAGCAGUUCAGCCGGUUCUUGGCUGACCUGGAGCGUGUCCUUGGCCUCCUGCUGCUACUCGGCAGUCGCCUGGCCCGUGUGCACCAUGCCUUAGCCCGGAUGGGCCCAGAUGGUGACCCUGAUGAGCGGGACUCUCUGUUGCAGCGACUUGGGCUUCUGCAACGGCAGCAGGAAGAUGCCAAGGAGCUGAAGGAGCAUGUGGCACGACGUGAGCGGGCCCUGCGCGAGGUGCUGGCGAGGGCACUGUCUGCAGAGGAGUUGUGCUCCUACAGUGAGCUGCUGGUGGGCAAGGCCACCGUUCUGGCCCAGCAGCGCUGCCUGGAGGAACAUGUCCAGCUCUUUCAGAACCAACUAGACGUCCUUGGGAGCAACCUUGGCCUUCGUCCCGUCUCUCCCAGGCCGUCCUGGCCCCCAGAGACCUGCCCUCGGGAUAAACCACCCUUCCUUCCUCCCUCUAUCUAGUUACAGGUGGCAGGAUGGGGCACUGCCCCACCUCACCCACACAACUGGGGCCAUGCUGGCUUAUUGGGUGCUUUCCCUUGAGGAAGCCAGAGAAGACCCAGGCUGGUUGUUUUCCCAGGCUACUCCUUCCUGGUAUUCUCAUGUGACCUUACCCAUGUCUGGUGGGUUAUUUGGGGAUUAACUUAAGAACCUUAAAAAUGGCAGUAUCCCCCAUUUUUAUGAUGAAAGAGGGGCUUUGUUAGUACUGGUUGAAGAAAGAGGAGACAAGUCUGAGGAGCACUUCUACUUGAGAUACAAAAUGGCCUUAUUUUUUCAAUAAAAGUUUCUAAUAGAA